AUGGCUAGGCAGCCAUAUUUGGAGCAUAGCAAGACCCUCGAAAGAAGGUUUAUUUGCACCGUGCGUUUGGCGACACUGGACGAGCGGCAUCUCUCCUUUAGAACGCUUUGUGCAAUGCUGAGUAGUUCGUGCCACAAGUUUGGAAUUUGCUGGGAUUGGAGCUUCGUGAAUUAUGGGAAACAGUGUGAUCUAUUGAUUGCGUUCGCCGUUGCUUCCUCUUCACGGAGACUCGCAGGACCUGCAUUUUUAGCCGUCCCAUCAUCAUCCGGCCCGUUAUUUCUAAGAUAA